UUCCACGUCGCUGUUUGAAUGCGAAGCAAAAAAGAUUUGUGAGGUUUCGGAGGAAAUAGAGAGACGAACAAGCUUACGGAUGGACUGUCGAGCUAACAGCGAUGUGUUCUUUCUGCCUGACGAGAAGUUUGACUUUGAUGUUUCUCUGUCGCCUGCCAGCUCUAGAGGUGAUGAAGAUGAAGAUGAGGUGUUUGUUGGUCCAGUCAGUCAUAAGGAGAAGUGUGUUUCCGUUAAUGUGGCGUCUCCCCUCGAGAACCAUAGCAUAACCUGGAGCCCGCUGACGGGAGAACAGCUGGAGGCUGUGUGCCAGGAAGCACACAGACUAGCAAGUCAGCUGCAGAGCACUGUGUCACACGAUGAGAACAGAGACACCACCAGUGUGACCAUGGACACCAUGACUGAGCAAGAGGAGUUUGUCGAGGAUGCUGAGACCAGACUUGGUCUCCUUGCUCAGACCACCAGUGGAGUCAGCCCAAACAAACGACAGACCUUCUGUGUGCAGGACAGUCCACUGAAGCAGCUGCCGCCCAUCAUCCAGCGCCAACUGCAGAGAGGCAGCGGAUCCAGCAUCACUUCAUCUAUCCGCCCCACUAUCACCCUGGCUUCAUCUACCCGCCCUACUUCAAAAAGCAGACUCAGCACCUGCAGCCCUGUGAUCCAAGCCAAAGCUCAGCCCAGAACUGCACUUCGAGGGAAAUCUGCACUAGGUGUUGCUGUUGUGCUGCCGAGCAAACCAACCAUUCCAGUGACUUCCUGUUCAACCAACAAGAGCACAGUGGAAAAGACCAAACUGCAACCACCCAACAGAGCAGUGGGCAGUUGGAGGCGAAGCCCUUCUUCUUGUCCCCCUAAAAGGGCGGAGUCCUCUGAGGAUUUGCUCUCCGAUUCAGCGAGCGUGGCCUCUGACAUCAGUGAUAGCUCCCUCAACUCCAGUCUGUUGGGAAAACGCACACUGCCUCGGCCAACCAAGAGUGGAGUGAGGAACCUGUCAGGUGGGAAAGCACAGCCUCUUCAGACCAGGAGAAAGAACACGUCCUCAUCAUCCUCAUCUGUAUCCAGCUUCAACUCCAGCAUCUCUCUUUCCCCGGCUAAAGGCAAGGUGAAGUCUACUCUGAACGGGAGUCUGAGCAGCUCCACUGGCCCAGCACCCCGCAACGUGAACAGCCUCAGCAGGCCACGCAGGUCCACUAUCUACAGUGCUGCAGAGUCGGUGUCCUCCACGGCCGCUGGCCGCCGCUCAAUAUCGACACAGGCCAAGAAGCUGUCUGAGGCAGAGAGUGGCAAUGAUGUCAAAUCCACUCCUCACAAGAGAGCUGGAGCCACGCCCCCCAAAAGACCUGCCUCCAACCUCACCUCCUCCACAAGUCGGCUGCAGAGUGGACCGAAGGCCAAAUCUAAACCUGAGGCAGUGGUCCUACCUACACCAAGCACAGGAGGCAAAGGUGUUCGCCAUGCAAAUGAUGUCUCAAAGGUGUUGAAGCCAAAGAGGCUGAUGUCACUUAACGGCACGGACAGUCUUCCUCAAAAGCCAUCUGCUGGUCCGCUAACACCUUCUGCUAUCGCAUGCAAGUCACUGCAGAUGAAGCCACGACGCCCCUCUGCCCUCCCCACUCCAGUUAGACGCAAGGCUUCACUCAUUCCCUCUCCAACGCCCAAACCUCCAGCCCUCUCUGACUCUGUCCCCACCUCAUAUACCAAGCAGCACAGCUGUAGCCCCACCCUCACCAGUGCACAGGAGGAGGAGGAGCUUGUUGAUGCACCUGAAAUUCAGCCCUUCUGUCUAGAGGAUGAUCCCCCUACCACCACACCCUCAAACAGCCAACAGACUGACCAAUCAGAGCCCAUGGAUCCUGGAGCACAGAUUCUGGAUGAAUCAGUGCCCAAUGAAAACCUGAUUGAACUGGAGCUGAAAGAGGACAGCAACAGCAAGACACAGGAGGUUCUCCUUUUGGAUCUUCCACCACCCACCCUGCCUCCUCAAGAGAAGCUGCUCAUUGACUUGACCAACACCCCUGACCUGAUCCGGACCAAUAAUAAGACUUGCAAUGCAACUCAGCUGAUUGAUUUGAGCUCUCCGCUUAUCAAGUGGAGUCCUGAGGACAAGACUGAGAACAAUGCUCCCCUCAUCAACCUGUCCUUCUGAUCGUCAUCCUCCUUAAGUACUGGAUCUGUGCACAUUACUGAACCACCACCUCUCUGUCUUCAGAAACUCUAAUAAUCCAACUGAUUCUGAGUUUUUAAUCAGUAGAGUCUUUCCUACAGUGGAGUACGCAAACAUAAAUGUUUUACAUAAAAUAUUCUGAAAUUGCUCAAGUGUCUCUACAACUAAUUGUACUUUUAUUUCUCUUGA